AUGUCCACUCCUGCGUUGUCUACUCGUGGAACCAAAUCAAGCGUCAACUACCAUAAGGAUUAUGCAAUCUGGGACAUCAUCUCCAACCUAUGGCACCCCGAAUCUAACCCUGACGGCUAUGUCUCCCUCGAUCUCGCAGAAAAUGCGCUCAUGCACGAAGAGCUGCGCGACUUUCUAAAUUCAAAGAAGCUCGUGGAUCCCCAAGCUGCAGGGUUCACAUAUGGUAGUGGACCAUACGGAUCGAAGAAUGUGCGAGCGGCUAUAGCCAGUUUUGUGAACCACCACUUCGAGCCUGCCAAAAAGCUACUGCCAGACCAAAUCUUCGUCGCAAAUGGCGUGACCGCUGCAAUCGAGCAUUGCUCAUGGGGCCUUGCGAAUCCCGGUGACGGUAUUUUGCUCGGACGACCGUACUACCGUGCUUUCCUACACGACAUUAGCUCGAGAACCGAUGUCAACGUCGUCCCAGUAGCAUUCGGCGAUGUAGAUCCUUGUGGUAUCGACUGCGUCUCAGAGUACGAAAAAACUCUCCUCAUAUCCAGAGAUGAGGGCAUUCCAAUCCGCGCCCUCAUGCUCUGCCACCCGCACAACCCCCUUGGUCGCUGCUACUCAAGAGACACCCUCAUCGCGCUCCUACGCCUAUGCCAAACCUACAAGAUUCAUCUGAUCAGCGACGAGAUUUACGCCCUCACCAUUUGGAAAAACACGGUCGACAAAACAGGCCCGGCACCUGUGCCUUUCGAGUCCGUACUAUUCAUCGACCCAAGCGACAUCAUCGACCCCUCACUCGUACACGUUUUGUGGGGAAUAUCAAAAGACUUCGGCGCCAACGGCCUACGUCUCGGCGCCAUAGUAUCACCCGCAAACCCCGCUUUCAUCCAAGCAUGUCGAGCGAGCGGACUCUUUUCUGCGCCAUCCUCCCUAGUCGAGAACGCAGUCGUACAAAUCCUAUCCGACGCGGCAUACGUCAAGAGCUACAUCAGACUGAACAAGAAGCGCCUGUCUGCCGCAUACACGCAUGCCAUCACGGAACUGCGCAAGCACGGCAUCGAGCACGUUCCCGGCGUGAACGCAGCCUUCUUCGUGUGGAUCAACCUAGGCACCUUGUUCAAAAUCAACAUCGCAGGCUCCACGAGUCAGGAUCAUGAUGUAGGCAUCACAGCCAGAGUGCGCGAGCGGUUGAUGGCGAAGAAAGUAUACUUAGUUGAUGGCGAUGCCGCGGGUGCUGAGCAGCCGGGCUGGUUCCGCUUGGUGUUUACGCAGCCUGCGGAGCUGGUGAGUGAGGCUAUUGGGCGCAUCGCUGCAGCGCUGAAGUAG